AUGUUGAAGCUCGCACGUUCCGCAGCGACACGGAAGAAGAAGCGGGCGGGGAGCGGAUGCGCAAGUGAUGGCGUGUCGGCGGCGGAUGGCGAAAAGUCUAUACCUGCAAAACCGAACUACCAACUACGUCCUGCUGUUGAAAAUGGAAAUUACGUCGAACAAGCGCAAGUUGUUCGCCACUGCGCUUUACCUGUAACAGCUCUACUUUCUGCGUGUGCAUUAUUCUGUCCCGACCACCCCACCAUCGAGAUUCAAGCUCUUCUGGCAGCACUCGCGAUAAUGGUGGGAAUCAUCAGCGCGGUCCAGAGCAGUCACUAUUACGGACUUGCUACCGAUUCGAGGAAGCAAGGGAUGAUGGAGGAAGAAAUGGAGGAAGAAAAGUGCUGCGCACUAGAUGAAGAGGUUGAUGAUGAUGAUGAUGUUGAUGAUGACUGCCGCUUAGCAGAUGCAGAGGAGAUUUUUAACCUCGUCCUCGUUCAAUGUUCUCGUCGCAUAAAAACUCACAAGUUGCUAGAAGUUCGUAUACAAAGUUGUCGUCCGCAGCUCUGUCGUCCAGAAAUUUUCAGUGCACGACUCGUCUUCAACUCCUCCCAACAUUUCGGUCGCCUUUGCUGCGAUGCCAGCGGCGAUUGCAAUCUGAUUUCUUUUUCUUCGGUGGUUCGUAUAAAAAUAUUAAUUCAGCCUGUGUCUGUGUGA